AUGGCUAAAAAAUUCUCCAAUGCUGAUUUACAGCAUAACCAACGUUUUUCUGACAUUGCUGGAGAACCUUGUCAAAUGUUAUUACCCAUUCAAGGUUAUGAAAAAAAACCUCUUGUGUCACUCGAAGAUGCAGUCGAACCAUUAGUUCAGUUUGUGCCCGAUGUGAAGCGAAUGGCAUACGUGGCUAAAAUGAAAUGUGGCAAUCCACCUGCUGAUUAUCUUUCAAAAGACGAAUCAGCUUCAAUCAUACUCUAUUCAAUGGAAUGGGAGCCACAGGAAGAGUGCCUCUACUAUGUCUUAAACGCAACUCUUCGUAGUGAAAAUCGAAAAAAAUUAGCUCCAUGGUUUCUUUACUUGAAACUGGUUCUCACGGCUUUAUCACAUCUUCCAUCAUUACAACGUACUGUUUUUCGUGGUAUUAAAUCUGAUAUGCGCAAAUAUUAUACAAAAGGAGAAACAGUUAUUUGGUGGGGAUUCAGUUCCUGUACAGCAACUAUGGAUGUUUUGGAAAAUGAUCUAUUCUUGGGUUCAAGAGGCACAAGAACUUUUUUUACUAUUGAAUGCAUUAAUGGUAAAGAUAUUCAACAACAUUCACAAUAUAAAAGUGAAGAUGAAAUUCUUCUUCCACCUGGUCGGCAAUUUAAAGUAGUUGCAUGUCUUAAUCAAUCAGGUGGUCUUUACAUGAUACAUCUUAAAGAAAUUGAACCACUAUAUCCUCUUCUUGAAUCUGUAUCAAAAGAUACCCAAAAAAUAUCGACAACUACUACAGCCAAUUCCACAUCAAUUAUCGCACCGAUGGGCAGUCUGUCACUAUCGAGCAACAAACCAAAGAAAAAAAAACAACAAGAAUUUGCUACGACUGACACUAAUAAGCAACUUCGUUGUGAAGGUCGUCCUUGCGCCCGAUGUGGGGAAUGCCGUGACUGGUACUAUACUGAUCCGGACAGCUGGAAGUGGGUCCAGGAUUCCGAGAAUUGGAAUGAAGAUCAGAGACAGCAUUAUCGCCAUAAUAAAUUUUACGAACAUUUCAAGAGCCGUAGUGGUAAAACAUGUUAUCAUUCUGUUGCUCAUGGUGUUGGCUAUCGUGGUGGUGUUACCUGCUUAUGUGAUGAUAACAUUCAGAUUGAUUUUUUGUUUUAG